CAAAGGAUGAAUCCGCCACCAUGGGAUUUUCACGAAGCUUCUUACCAGCAUUUCAACUUUUGUGUUAGGAGUGCACGCGCCUACAGAUGAGCGUGUCGUCGUUCAAUGAUGAUUUGUUUUAGAGCGUUCGAAUUGAUGCGACGGUUCCUUGACUCUAAUGUCACUGCCUCGAGGAAUUUGCGAUGGAGUAGGUGAAUUUGAGCAGACGAAAUAUUUCUUAUCAAAAAUUCUCGACUCCAAGCCUGAAUGUCCCUGGUUCUAUUCGAUUCCGUUCAUUUUGUAUGGACAGUGUGCCCAAUCUCUCCAUUUCAACCCGAUCAUUCAUAUUGCAUAAAGUGCAUCGAAAGAAAACAUAUACCCAUUGACUGGGCUACGAUGGUCACAGAAGGAUAUCAAGAAGAAAUAGUGAUGUUCGAUGGAAGGACUCGCACAAACCAAAACAGUCAUGGCACUGGUGAUGCCGAUGUUGAUGAUGCUGAAAGCAAUCCCGGUAGCAAUGCUUCCUCAUAUGUUUGUUCUAAAGUUGAGAAUGCCACCCCCUGGAGCGAUUUGCAACGUAUCAAAAAGGAGGCAAACGAGGUGGCCAUGAUGUCUUCUUCAGAACGCAAUCUCGACACGACCGAUGCUUCGUGCCAAUCGCCUCUACUCAACCCGUCGGAAUCAAAAAACACAGUGAGCUCAAAUCAUAUUGUACGAGACGAGAGCCAGGAAUAUACAAUGGAAAGAUUCGACGAAUUGCUGGAGAGGAACGGGCGCGACCCUGUCGCUAUGGACCACGAAACACAUGUCUCAAACGAUGGUGAGACAAAAACCGUCGUCACGGACAACGACGAUCCGGAAACACACAAGGAGAAAUCAGAAGAUCUUCUUUUCUGCAAGCAAAAACAUAGGACCGUUUGGUCUAACCGGAUGUUCCGUUCCCCGGGCCUGGUGGCGGAUGCUCCCUCGGGAAUUUUGCUUGUUUUUGACCGGAUCCUGGACUGCAUCGAUCCCCACUGCGGCCCAAACCAUUUUCGAGAAUUUGGAUCGCUGGACGAGGACGACCAGAGCAGUUUGUGGUCCCUGUCUGUAAGCCGCAACUCCCAUCGGGAAUCCCGAGAAGAUUCCAGCAGCGCAUGCUCGCUCACAACGGACGAACGCAGCCUGGAGGCCCACCCGCUGUUCAACCACCGCCUUGCGAAUGACUGGGCCACGUCGUACGAACGGCACAAGGCAAAUCCCAUUCCAAAGGAGGAACUGAAGGAUGGCUACGAAUGGAUUUUCCCGUGCUGGGAGGAUCCUGAAAGGAAGUCCGCGCUCCCUUCCAGGAGCCUAAGGGAUCUCGCUGCUUCCGAUGUCGGCAGAAAAAGAAAAUGGGCUGGGAAGGAUCUCAUGAGUAUCAGGAGUCAUAGACCAGCUACCACUAGUGCCACCUUACCCUCUAUCCAUUCCGAGAUCUUCGAAGCGGAGGUCUUUGGCGAGGUAAGCUGGGGUAAAGGUAGCGAAAAGUGCAAGAGCGAUCCAAGCAAGCCAAGUUGUGACGACGCCCCGGACGAGCCGUGUGACUUUCCUUCCCGUGAGAGCAGUCUUUUGGUGCUGCMCCAGCCGAUCCCAUUAGACGCACCCUUUGUUGUGUGCAAACUAAGUACGAGCGACGACAGCAGCCUCUCCGAGCUCUUUGAUGGAUUGAUGGUCUCGACGCCUUCGGACGAAAGGCAGCAAGAGGAGGAGGAGGAGCUCGAACGUAUCACGGAUCGAACCUCUAUCACAGAGGAAACGAGCACUCUCAGUUUCAGUUACAGCAUGGGUUCGCAUUGAUUCAAUUCGUCCGUUGCAUUGUUUGUGAUUACAACGAUGCCUUUCUUGCCGAGAUGUCUUUGAGAAGACUUUCUGUGAGAAGAUUAAUAUGACAUUAU